UCCUCUCAGGAAUGGGUCUACCGGCUAGGAUGAUGAAUAUUAUUUUAACCUUCCUUACUAAUAGAAAGAUUUUCGGAUAUCACAAUGGUAGACUCAUUGGCGAGAGAUCUACCUCAAUAGGCCUCCCGCAAGGCUCGGUCCUGAGCCCUCUCCUAUAUAAUAUUUACUCUGCUGGAAUACAUCGAAACAUGGAGCUUGACGUUAAAAUAUUAUCUUAUGCGGAUGACAUUGUCAUCUUUUAUAGGAAUAAGUCCGUAGCUAGCAUUUGUUUAAAAUUGAAUUACAAUUUUUCUAUCAUUGGCCAAAAUUUACAGGCACAUGAUCUACUGAUUGCUCCUCAAAAAACUAAAUUUUGUAUUUUUGCAAAAUUCUCCAGAUUUCGAACUCUAAACAGACUCUACAACAAAAUUAAACAACCCAUUGUGUAUCUAAAUCAGCGCAUCAACAUUUCACCUAAGGCUGUUUUCUUAGGUAUUACAUUUGAUCAUUCCUUAUCUUGGAAGCCACAUAUUACCUCCUUACUAAAUAUCUGUAAUAAACGUCUUAACAUUCUUAAAGCCAUUACGGGUAUUAAGUGGGGUUCUCACCCCCUCACAAUUCUCUCUGUAUAUAGAGGACUCAUACGCUCCAUUCUCGAUUAUGGAGGAUUAGCGUUAUAUGAUCUUCCUCCGGGCCGUACAAUUCAGCUAGAUAGAGUUCAAUAUGCCGCUCUCAGAUGCGUACUUGGUUUCAUGAGAACGACUCCCACCAAUGUUCUUCUCGAUCAAAACGCUGAAUGGCCAUUAGUUAUUCGUCGCCUAUUUUUAGUUACUAAGAUCACUCUCUCUGGUCUCAUAGAACUCACCCCUAACUUUUCACAUGAAAUGAAGAACUCAGUCCUUCUUGAGUCGGAUUGCACCAACGUCAACCCAGGUGAUUCUCUAGAUGCUCCCUCCAUUUCUACUAUACUUCGUUCACGUAAAUCCUCCCUGCUAUCCUCUUCCUAUCAAGAAAUCCAUAACUUAGAACCUCCUAGAUAUCAGGGACACUUGAAUUUUCCCGUAGCUAAUAGAUUUAUGGAUAUCUCUACGGAUAUCAUAGCGUUCUCAGAGUUGAGUAAAUUUCGGAAAAAAGUAGGGAAUUUUUAUUAUUGUAAACAUAAAAAAAUCUCAGUCAGCGGUAUGAAUCGUAGGGCUGCUGCUAUACUUGAUCAUAAAAACCUGAACUGUAUUAUUUAUACUGACGGCUCAGUAAUGCCUGAUGGCAAGGCUGGUUUCGGGAUUUUCUCCCCUACACAUAAUAUUAAAGCAUCUGUUCCCUGCUCUCACUCUCGGGUUAUUAUGCACGUGGAAGCGGAGGCCAUAAUAUAUGCAAUUGACCUUGCAAUUGAACUGCGUUCGAACAAAGUUGGCAUAUUGUCCGACUCCAGGAGUAUCAUAUCCAAUGUUUCCAACCUCAAUAUUUCAAAAAGGACUAGCUAUCUUUGUCAUAAAAUCAGAGACAAGUUAAUAUCUGCUUCUCAAUUGGACAUUCAUAUAACAUUAAUUUGGAUACCCGGACACUGUGGUUUCAUAGGCAAUGAGACUGCUGAUCAACUUGCGAAAUCAGCAGCUUUCUCCUCUCAUGAUACAUGUCACACUAACAUUUAUUGUGGGGAUUUUAUUGCUAAUAUUAAACAUGAUUUCCAAAAACUAGCUCAUGCUUAUCUUGAGGAGCAAUUUAAAUAUAAAGGGCGGAGAUACCGGAAAAACAUCCCGAACUUAUCGAAUUCCCCGUGGUACAAACAAUAUAAAUUUUCUAAGAGAGACGCAAUUUCUUUAAUUGCUAGAAUUAAAUCGUACCAUGUAUCUACCAGCACACACUUGAUAGAUAAAAAUAUUAUUAAUGAUGAAACAUGUGAAUGCGGGGUCAGUUCAAGGAAUUGGCAACAUAUUUUAUUUAAUUGUAACAAACACAUUCAAGCGUCUAACAAUUUAAUAACCAACCUCAUUAAAAUGGACUUUUCUCCGUGGGACGAUAUUUUCUCUAGAGCUUUUACUAAAGACCUUAACAUAUUUACAAUCAUAGCAAAGUUUCUGAAACAAACGAAUCAAAUAAUUUAAAUGGAUAUACAACAUACGAUGGCAGCACCUGUCUGUGUAAUGGCGUUGGGGCAUGAGUCAUGGAUGCGCCUCUAACCAAAUAUUGAAAGAAAGAAGGAAGGAAGGCUUUACGAUAUCGUUUGGGAAUUCAAUUAAGAUGUUUAUUGAGCGUAUUUGUAGCAAUGAGUUGGCAAGGUGUAACACAAGGUGUCGAGUCACCGACCAUUUUAGUAUCGUUAUUACAAAAGUUCACCAUUCAGAAGGCAAGGAUUCUUCCGCGGCGCAUACUCGUUCUGAUUGUUCGAACAGCGCCGUUAUUACGGAUACACCAAACUAAAAAAACAAGUCCAAAACAACACAACCGACAGUGCGUGAGAGAGAGAGCGAGAGCAGGGAGAGCGAGAGAGUGACGAGGGA